AUACAGUACAGUGAUAAAGUGAUUGAUUCUGAUAACUGAGAUUGAUGCAAGACUGAGUUUUUUAUGGUGACCUUUGUAGAAUUCAAACUCGGAAUACUUAUGUGAUAAUUUUCCAAUAUUUUCAAUUACAAUUGGAAAUUAACCAUAAAAAAGAAGUUAAACAUAUAAAACCAUGGACGGUGACUAUGAUAAGAAAAUACAAGAAUUAAAGAGCAAAAUCAAGAGCUAUCCAGACUUUCCUAAGCCGGGGAUUUUAUUCUGGGACAUAUUCUCAGCGAUAGCCGAUGGCCCGACGACAAAGUUGCUGCAAAGUUUAUUAGUGCAAACUAUCAAAGCGAAGUUCCCCGAAGCGCAAGCAGUUGUGGGAUUGGAGUCCCGAGGGUUUCUGUUCUCUUUCUCCAUCGCAGCUGAGCUGGGCAUCGCUUGUCUACCGGUGAGGAAGAAAGGGAAGCUGCCCGGGGAAGUGGUUUCUUAUAAAUAUGACCUCGAGUAUGGAUCGGACAUUCUAGAAAUUCAGAAGAACGCUAUACAACCAGGUCUGAAGUGCGUCAUAAUUGAUGAUUUAAUAGCUACGGGGGGUUCCAUCACGGCCGCAACACAGUUACUGAAGUCCUGCGGUGCUGACGUCAUAGGCUGCUUGCUUGUGAUAGAACUGACGUCAUUAGGUGGAAGACACAACAUUCCUGAAAGUAUACCGGUACAUUCCUUGAUUAAAUAUGAGUAGAUAGUUCAAUUUUUUUUAUGGAGGGUACGUGUUUGGUCGUGCUCUAG